AUGGAGGAAGCGAAGCGGCUGCACGCGCGCCUGCUCCGCCGCGGGGAGCGUCGCCUGCAGCCGCUGCUCCUGCGCGUGCUCGCGGCCGGAGACCUGCGCUACGCCGCGCUCCUGAUCGACUCUUACCCUUCGUCCCCGCCCUCCGCACCGCUCCACAACCGCCUGCUCCACGCGCUGGCCGCUGCGCGCCACCCGCUGCUGCUCCCCUGCUUCGCGCGCGCGCAUCGCCUCCGCCUCCUGACCCCACUCUCCUUCACCCUCCUCUUGUCCUCCUCCUCCACCACCCAACGGUUCGCCGCGUCCGGCCUCCUGGUGGAGUCCCGGCUGGUGUUCGACGAGCUGCCACACACAGUGACGCGGCCGCGCGCAACGCGCUGCUGUCGGCGUGCGCGCGCGGCGGGCGGGUGGGCGAUGCCCGACCGGAACGUGGUCUCCUGGACCGCGAUGGUGUCGGGGUACGCGCAGAACGGGAGGCACGAGGAUGCCGUGCGCACGUUCCUGGAGAUGUGGGAGGGGGCUGGCGUGCGGCCAAACGAGGUCACCGUCAGCAGCGUGUUGCCCGCGUGCGCCGCGGUCGGGGCCUUGGCGCUGGGGAAGAAGAUGACAGGGGCUAAACCAGAUGGCAUUACAUUUGUUGGAGUCAUUUUGGCCUGUACUCAUGGAGGCUUGGUGGAUGAAGGCAAGCUGCUCUUCAACUCAAUGAGAGAGGAGUUCGGUCUGAAGCCAAGAAUCGAGCACUAUGGUUGCAUGGUUGACCUGCUGGGGCGUGCUGGUCUGCUAAAAGAAGCUGACAGUCUGAUCGCGAGCAUGCCAAUGGAGCCUGACGCCGUAAUCUGGGGAGCGUUGCUUGGAGCUUGCAGCUUCCAUGGCAACUUGGAGCUAGCGGAACUAGCAGUGGAAAAACUAAUGCACCUGGAGCCGCAGAAUACAGCAAACCUAGUGAUCCUUUCAAAUAUAUACGCGUCACAUGGCAAAUGGGACGGUGUUGCCCAGGUAUGGAAGUUGCUAAAGGAAAAAGAUCACAAGAAAUCUGCUGGUUACAGCUUUAUUGAGUUAGAUGGUAGGAUGCACAAGUUCCUGGUUGAGGAUAAGUCGCAUCCAAGAUAUGAGAUGGUAUAUGACACCUUGGAUAGCAUCACACUGACCAUGAAGCUUGUCAACUUGGAAAAUUCAGAAGUGGAAAGCUAA